CAGACCAAGAAGAGAUGUUAACUGGCCGCCUGCCAGGUAAAUAUUCAACAGAGGAUGCUAGCUGUGCCCAUGUCUGACACGACAACGGGGCAGCAACUCCUGGAUAACUGGAGCAAAGAUGAAACCACAUGCUUUAUCCAGGACGUUAAGUUUUAGGUAUCGGACUGAGAGCCUGUAGCCAUGGAUGGCCAUGCUUCCAAAAGCAAUGAAAGCGCUUUCCCCAGCUUGGGGGACCUGGAUGACUUUCUUACCAAGCACAACUCCAACUUCAUUUGGCUCCUUGUUGCCACCAUUCUGUCCUGUGGAUGGAUCAUCUAUUUAACUUAUUACAACUCCCGCAACAUUGGCCUCAUCCUCACCCUCGUCAUCAACCGACUCCACAAAGAUGGCUACAUUCACAUCGGCUCCUUCUCCUUCUCGGUGCUGUCGGGGAAAGUCAUGUUCCGAGAUGUCUACUACAUCAGCCAGGACAUGUCCAUCAGGAUACAGGAUGGCUUCCUCAUAUUCCGCUGGUGGAAGAUGUAUAACCCGAAACAAAAACAGCAUGACCCCAAGGCAGAGACCCGGCUUUACGUGACAGUCAACGGCUUGGAGUUCCACGUCUACAACCGCACCGACCUCUACGCCCGGCUGCAGGAGACCUUCGGACUGGACCCCACACUCAUCACUCCCAAGAAAGAGGACGAGAAGGGACCAGAGGAUCGAAACAAGACACUGGAGAGCGUGAACAUCAAAGCGGAGAGUCUGGACCACACGUCGUCCUGGCGCUCCCUCAUUCCCGUCAUCAAAGUCAACAUCAGCACCGGUCGCUUGGCGUUCGGGAACCACCACCUCCCGCAGACUCUGUGCGUCAACUUCGAGGACGCCUUCCUGACGUACGCCACCAAGCCUCCGUCCAGCCACCUGGACCAGUUCAUGCACAUCGUCAAAGGCUCGCUGGAGAACGUGCGCGUCAUGCUGGUGCCCAGCCCGCGCUACCUGGGCAUGCACAUUGACGAACCUCCCAGGCUGAUGGGCGAAGGCUUCGUGGUCAUGCAGUCCAACGAUGUCGACAUCUACUACUACCAGGACGAACCCGGUCUGGUGCCUGAGGAGCAGGAAGGUGGGGAGGAGGCGGAGACGUCCAGUGAGAGCGAUAAGCUCCAGGACCUGCCUCCCUGCUGGGGUCUGGACAUCGUCUGCGGAAAAGGAACCGACUUCAACUACGGCCCCUGGGCAGAUCGUCAGAGGGACUGUCUGUGGAAGUUCUUCCUGCCGGCUGACUACCAGGCCAUGAACGUCACAGAGGUCGCCCAGCCGGGAAAACCCAGGCAGAUCCAGGCCUUUGAGCUGCGCAUGAACAUCAUUGCCGACGCGACCAUCGAUCUGCUUUUCACCAAAAACAGGGAAACAAAUGCCAUCCACGUGAAUGUGGGGGCAGGCUCUUACCUGGAGGUCAACAUCCCCAUGACUGUAGGAGAGAACGGCUACUCCCCGACCAUCAAAGGCCAGCUGCUGCACGUGGACACCACCAGCAGCAUGCAGUACAGGACCCUUCUGGAGGCGGAGAUGCUGGCUUUUCACGUCAUAGCCAGUUACCCUCGGGUGUGGAACAUGCCUCAGUCGUGGCAGUGUGAGAUUGAGGUGUACAAGGCCACGUACCACUUCAUCUACGCCCAGAAAAACUUCUUCACCGAUUUGAUCCAGGACUGGGCGAGCGACAGCGCUCCGGACAUCUACUCCUUUGUGCCCUACUCCUGGAAGUUCAAGGUGCUUUUCCACCAGUUUGAGAUGAUCUGGGCGGCAAAUCAGCACAACUGGGUUGACUGUUCCACCAAGCAGCAGGAGAAUGUGUACCUCGCGGCGUGUGGCGAGACGCUCAAUAUAGACUUCACUUUGCCUUUCGUCGAGUUUGUUCCCACCACCUGCAACACCCGCUUCAGCUUGAAGGCGGAGGACACGGACAUGCGACUGUCCCUCCCGGAGUGCCACCCGAGCCGCGACCCCCUGCUCACCCUGUCCAAAGAAUACCAGAACGUCAAGCUGCCCCCGGACAUGUUCAUGCCGGGGGAAAACCAAAGCGCCCCCCCUCCCAAACCCGCCAAGUCGCGCUGGAGGAACAUCACCCACGCAGAAGCUGGCUGGGUGGACUGCUGGAGCGUGCCCAACUUCUUGCUUAUCAUCGACUACACUUGGCACCCCAUUUAUCCCCAGAAGGCCGAUGAGCAGCUCAAACAGUCGCUGUCGGAGAUGGAGGAGUCGAUGCUGUCGGCUCUGCGCCCCCCGGAGCACAGCAGGGCGCACCACAACGCCCAGCCACGCUUCACCCCUGCGUCGGCCUCAGCCGCCCACAGCCGGAUGCCCGCGGACCCCUCGGAGCUCCCGCCCGACAGACUCCACGUGGAGAUGGAAAUGUCCCCAGAUUCCCAGAUCAUCCUCUACGGGCCUCUGCUCCGAGCGCUGAUCUCCAUCAAGGAAAACUAUUUCGGCGAGGACGACAUGUACACCGACUUUGAGGAGGCGGUUACCAGCCCCGUGUUGUCCACUUCCACCUCCUCGGGUCUCGGUUGGUCUCCUCUGGUAAUGGAUGGCUCUGAACAGAAGGAUAACUCCAACAUCCAUCCCCUGGACCUGCGUCCCUGGGACAUCACCGUCCUCAUCAACCUCUACAAGGUCCACGGCCGUCUGCCAAUGCACUGCAGCAGCGAGGGUCCCGAGGGUCCAUCCGGCUUCUUGGAGCGUCUGUGUUUCGAGAUGAAAAAAGGUUACAAGGAGACGAUGCUUCAGCUGCUCCUGUCUCCCAUUCACAUCUUCAUCAGCGACAACUACCAGCGUCCCACGGCGGACGGGGUUUUGAGGGACGGCCACCUGAGUCUGUCUGGCCUGCAGAUGAGGGCCCACGCCAUGUUCUCUGCUCAGGGCCUCCCGCCGGGAACUGACACGCUGGAGUACGCCUGGCUCAUCGACAUGCAGGCUGGGGGGCUCACGGGCAGGGUCACUGUUCCACAGGUGGCCAGUAUGAUAGAGUGGGGAGAGACUUUCCUUUUCCACGGGGUGUCUCGAGAGUUCCAGCUGGAACAGCCCAAGCCCUCCGUCAUCUGCCAACACGGCGUCGACCGCCGCAUCUGCGACGCCAAGCUGAGCUGCCUGCCGGGUCACUGUCGCACAUCGGAGGAGCUGAAGUACACCAUGACCCGACUGGCCAUGGACGGAGUUGACCUUUUUGUUGUGGAGCAGGGCUGCGCUGCCAACAUCAAGACGGCCAUCAUUCAUGUAGCCAACUGCAACCUACACAACCAAGCGGUGGGAGAAGGCAUCAGCGCCGUGGUGCAAGACGUAAACAUCCGGCAGUACAUCGAGCAGCAGCAGCAGCACAGCGAGGCGACCCGGCUGCAGCCGGCCGGACAGGGUCAAGGUCCGGGGCCGCCGCCGGGUCUCGGGCAGCCCGCUCUGCUGCGACGCUCCGUCUGGCUGGAGGCGGGUUCGGUCAACCUGAACCUCAUCACGGCGGACGUCGCCCUGGCCGCCGACCACCCGGCCAAAUGUGACGUCCAGAGGCUCUUUCUGGAGAUGCACGACGCUCACACCAAAAGACUCUGGUUCCUGUGGCCAGAAGAGGCCGGCAUUCGCAACAAGCGCAGCAGGAACCGCUGUGGCUGCCUCGGAGGCUGCCGGUUCUUCGGCGGCACCAACAUGGGCCUGGACUUCUUCAAGCUGGAGGAGCUGACGCCGUCCUCCUCGUCGGCGUUCUCUUCCUCCAGCACCGACGUGGACAUGUCUUACGGCCAGUCUUUGCUGCAGCCGGGGGAGUGGAUUAUCACCAAGGAAACGCCCAAAGUGGAUGGGAGAGCCGUGGGACUGAAGACGGACACGCGCUCGCCCUGCCUCCCUCCUGAGCUGCCCGAGAGGCGCGGCCAGCAACACCUCAGUCUCCAGGUGCCCCAACGCUCCCACAGCUCCGCCUCCUCCUCUGAAGAAAAUAGCACCUGUAGUGCCGCGCUGCCCCUGCUGGCCGGAGAGAGGGACACGCCCUCGCCGAGCACCGAGGACCGCAUGUUCCCCGUGAACGGCAAAAGCCCCGCCGACGCCCAGGGGGACGUCCCGGAGAUCUCGCCAGUCUCGCCCAUCGGCGCCCAGGACCGCUCCUCGGUGCGCUCGCCGCUCUGCUCGCCCCUCAAGCGCCAGUCCUCGGUGCAGUCCGGCCGGCUGGGCAGCACCAAGAGCCUGUCGGCCGCCGUCUUCGCCGAGAAGCCUCCGCCGGUGCUGUCCGGCGGCGUGCAGUUCAGCGGCGAGGUGUCCCGCAGCGACGAGAACGUCCUGGAUUCUCCGCGCCAGCGCAGGAGCUACGGCUCCUUUCCCUUCACGCCGUCGGCCGACUCCAACACCUUCCACCAGUACCGCUCGGCCGACUCCAGCAUGUCGGUGGCCGACAGCGAGGCCUACUUCUCGGCCACCGAGGACUUCGACCCGAUAAGCAGCGCCGACGAGGGCCCGGGGACGUACCCGGGGCGCAAGAAGAAGAGGCGGCAGCAGAUGCAGCAGCCGCAGCCACCCGCGUACCACAUGGAGAACUACAGCCGGAGCUCCAUCUACCACAGCGUCGAGGGCCCCCUCACCUACGUUCUCAACGGGGAGCUGAUCACUGAGCCUCGCCCCCUGCCCAUGCCCCCCAUGCUGCCCCCACUGCCGCCCCACCCGCUGCCCAGUCACAUGUCCCAGGCCUCCUUCGUCUCGGCCCUGGCCAUGGAGGAGGAGAGCUCCGUGGAGACCGAGAAGACCGCUGAACCCGGCCCCGUGACCCGCCAGCCCCACGUCAUGGCGUGCUACCAGAGCUACCUCGCCCACUACCAGGUCUCAAACUGGUCCGUCAAGCAGCCCACCAAUAAGAGGACCUCAAAGUCGUCUCUGCACCGCCCCUUAGAUUUGGACACGCCCACCAGUGAGGAGAGCGCCUCCUUUGACCAGCUGUCUGUUCCCAGCUUCAAGGUGAUCAAGCAGGGCCUUUCCGCCAGCUCUCUACUGGACAGAGGUCUUCAGCUGAUCGGAGAGAACAUCAGUACACCGUACACACCGCUGGAUAAGAGGGCCAUGGAGAACACGGAUGAGGACACGACAACAGACGACUGGACUCUGGAGCAGCCCUUAGCUCAGACCAGGACCACGGCCAUUGUGGAGGUGAAGGGAGCCAUAAAUGUGGUGCUCACGCCCCUCGUGGCUGAAUCCCUGGACAGGUACAUCGAAUCGAUGGUCCACUUUGCCAGUAUCCGUCAUCCCGCUGCCAUUCUGGAUGACCUGCAUGGGAAAGUCCUCAACGAAGCCUAUCAGAUCAGCAAGUCCACAGUCACCGAGUCCAGCCAAGCAGGCAAGCAGGAGCACAAGCUGUCCAAGACGGAGGGCACGACCCCCGGCUCCCUGAACAUCACCCAUGGCCAGACCGACCUGUCGGUCAAACCAGACAAUGUGAAAAUCAAGGGCCUCCAAGCCAACGUCUCCAUCCCCAAGGUGAAUCUUUGCCUCCUUCAGGCGUCUGUGGAGGAGGGGUCACCGUCGUGCUCCACUAAGUGCGUCACACACGUCUCUCUGGUGGCGCUGUGCUUCGACAGGAUCGCCACCCAGUUCAGAAUGAACAGGGGCAUUGUGGAGGAGACGCCCAACACCACGGAACACGGCCGACCCUCCAUCAUGUUGGAGAAGUACGCCUCGGCCACCAAAAUGCAGCCUCAGUCUUCUGGCUCGCUGCGCUCCAACGCCGGCAUCGAGAAAGGCAAAGAGAUCGCCGCCAGGCUCAACAUCCACCGCAUCCACAGCCAGCUGAGAGGCCUCGACUCCACGGACAUCGGCACGUGUGCCAUCACGGCGAUCCCUUUCGAGAAGUCCAAAGUGCUGUUUGGCCUGGAGGAGAUGGAGGAGUUUUCCAUGGUGGAUGAAACCGACGCCCAUGCCGCAGCGGGAGACCUGAGCCGCUCGGCGACCUCUCUGGAGAAAUGGGGCUGGAUCAUGUUCGAAUGUGGCAUCGAGAACCUCACGGUCAAAGGGGGCCGUCAGUCGGGAGCCAUUCUAUACAAUUCGUUCGGCGUGAUGGGGCGCUCGGACGCUGGGGGGAAGACGGGCAUGUCCAAGUCCAACGGUUCCACCGGCUCUCAGACGGGCAGCGGUUACAGCACGGACGUCUCCGACGACAACCUGCCCAACGACACUAUGAGCCCCGCCUGCGACGCCAACGAGCACUCUGACUCAGACGACCAGGAUGAAGGAGUGGAGUCAGACGACCUGAAGAAAGACCUCCCCCUCAUGCCCCCGCCGCCCGACUCCAGCAGCAUGAAGCUGACCAUCAGGGAGAUCUGGUUCAGUUUCGCUGCACCCACUAACGUGCGUUCCCCUGCACAGGCCAUCUCCAGGCAGUUGAAUCUGCUCAGCACGGCCACACCUGCCAUUGGAGCCUGGCUGGUUCCCAUCGACCAGCUCAAAUCCUCUCUACGCAAACUGGACCUGGAGGGCACGCUGCGCGUGUGCGCCGUGAUGGGCUGCAUCAUGACCGAAGCGCUCGAGAAAAAGAGCAUCCACAUCCCCAUCCGGAGCAAGUACAACCGUGUGACCAAACGAGCUCGCUACCUGCAUGAGAAUCCCUCCUGCAUGCUCUGUAACAUCCUCCACCGCUACCUGCAGCAGGCUGACUACUCUGUCAUCGAGGAGGCUACCAUGAAUGAUGGGGUCCCGGCCCUUGUGACGCUUAAGAAAGGCCUUGUUGCUUUGGCCAGACAGUGGAUGAAAUUUAUCGUGGUGACUCAGGGCUUCAAAGCCAUCGGCCUGAUGAGGCCCAAUCAGCUCGCCAAACCCAAGGAGCCUCAGCAGAGCCCGGGCGAGACCAUCGUGGGCCUGGACAACGGCGCUGCCCUGCAGAGCGACACCAGCGCCGACGGAGCGGAGUUUGAAUUUGACGCAGCCACAGUGAGUGAACACACCAUGCUGCUGGAGGGAGCAUGCAGUCGACCGCCGCCCAAAGAAGCCAACUCCGGUCCGGUCAGCGGGGUGGAGAUCAUGAGGAAACUGUCCAAGUCCCACGCACACAAUGAGUCUGCUCUCAGGAUAAAGGGCUCCCAUCCAUACCAAUCGCUGAGCUACACCAGCGGUGACACGGCCGCCGACUCACCCGCCCACGUGUGCCGCGCCGGCCUGCCGGCCAAGGACAGCCCCCGGAAGGAGAGCCUCCUGAGUAACCUGACGGGCAGCUUUCGCAGCCUGCACAACCUGCUGGAGGCCAUGCCCCAGAGGAGCGAACCAUCUGCCGCCGCCGCCGCUGCUGCCGCCGCCAAGAGCGGGUCCCUCACCCGCACAGGAAACAGUUUGGGCACGGACAUGCUGACCGAGCACCCGCUGCUGUCCGAGCCGUCCCCGGUCAGCUUCUACAACUGGAUGUCCAACGCUGUGGGCAACCGGACGGGGGCUCUAACCCAGGACUCCCCCGCCAACCGCUCGCAGCACAACAGCCUGCAGACAGUAGCUUUGACGGUGUCACUUGACCCACUGGAUUCUCCUGUUUACCACUACCAGUACCAACCACUGCCACCACUUACCAGUCCAGAAGGAGGCGGCCCGUGCAACCUGCCCACGAUCCCCUCGGCGUCAGACUUCAACGCGGUGCUGUCCAGCGACCAGAACACCCUGGAUGGGACGCACUCCCAGCACAGCACCAGCCAGGACGAAAUGGCCUACAUCGAGGAGAGCAACCAGUGCCCGGCCGCGGUUCAGCUGGCCGACGCUCAGGUCGUUUUCAAGCCUCUGCUGAGCUACACAGGCAUCCAGGCCCAGGACACCACUCCUCUCAGUUACAAGAUGUACUUCGGAGAGCACCUGUCUUUUUCCGGCAACCUGGAGUGUCUCCGGGCAGACAUCGUCGACUCCGACACCUCCAAAGAGCGGAAAAACAAAAGAUCCAGGAGACCAGGCAUGGUGAACCUCCCUCCGUUCAAGCCGGCGCUGCUGAUCGAGACGUUCAGCCUGAACGCCGUGCUGAUGGAGAAGUCGGCCAGCGCUCCGCAGGGCCCCACCGCCGCCCCGCUGUCCUUCCACGACCUCAACCGCCGCCACUACAACACGUUCCACUGCGACUUCACCACGGCGUGCCAGGCCAUCAGCCAGCGCGUGGACAUGGCCCUGGUGCGCCUCAUCCACCAGUUCAGCACCAUGAUCGACGACAUCAAGGCCACGCAGACGGACAUCAAGCUGAGCCGCUACACCGCCGGCUCGGCCUCGCCGACGCCCACCUUCAAGGCGCGGCCGUACCGCCACUUCAGGUCCUCCGACUUCAGCCGCAGCUCCCGGGGCAGCGUCAACGGGGCGGGGCGCAGCGGGACCCAAACCCUGAAGAGCAAGCGAGGGGUGGGCGGAGGAGGAGGAGGAGGAGGCGGAGGAGGAGGAGCAGGUUUGCCGCCAAACGGGCCUCCGUCCGGCAUGGACACGCUGGGGAGACGGGAGCCGCGAGGUCGCACCUCCCUCGGCCGCUCCGAGCGACGCACCUCAAAGGUGUCGAGGAAGGGCUCCCGCGACGUGGCGGACCACAUGGCCAUCCAGAUGGACGACUCUGACUCCAUCACGGUGUCGGAGCAGAGCGAGCCGUCGGCCGAAUGCUGGCAGAACAUGUACAAGCUGCUCAACUUCUACUCGCUCAUCUCCGAUCCCACCGGCAUCCUGGAGAAAAGCUCCCCAGAGAACUGCCUCUCAGAAGGUGGACGUCGGCCCUCGGAGCCGUUCUGCAAAGUGAUCUUCGAGAACGAGCAGCAGGACCCCACCACGCCCAACAAGCCGCCCGGCGCGGGGGGGCGGCGGCGCAGCCUGGUGAGCUCGGAGCCCCAGCACGUCACGCUCAUCGUGUUCGGCAUCGGCAUGGUGAACCGCACGCACCUGGAGGCCGACAUCGGCGGGCUGACGAUGGAGGCGGAGCUGAAGAAGAUCCACGGAAGCUUCACCCUGAAGGAGAAGAUGAAAGAUAUCCUGCACCAGAAAAUGACGGAGACGUGCGCAUCGGCUCACAUAGGAGGGGUAAACAUUGUUCUCCUGGAGGGCAUAACUCCUGACAUCCAACUGGAGGAUUUCCCAACAUCUCCCACCAGCACAGCUAAACAAGAGUUUCUGACGGUGGUGAAGUGCAACAUCGCCAAGUCGCAGGCCUUGUACAGCGCCCAGCGAGGCCUGAAGACCAACAACGCGGCCGUCUUCAAGGUGGGGGCCAUCAUGAUCAACAUCCCCCAACACCCGGCGACGCUGCACAGCAUGAUGGUCCGCAGCUCCCACCAGCUCUCCAAACAGAUCUCUGACCUCAUCCGCCAGCCCUCCAAUGUUCAACCUCCUAACAGGGAAGACACCCCGACCCCGCAUCCCUCGGACCGAGCGUCCAGCAUCAAUCAGACCCCCGUGGAAGCCAACGAGUUCCCUCAGCUCCCCGAAGGCCUGGAGAAGAAGCCCAUCGUCCUCAAGUUCAGCGCCAUGAUAGACGGCAUCACCAUCGGGGCCGCCCUGCUGCCCUCGCUGAAGGCGGAGUACAAGAUGGGUUGCAUGAAGAGCCACGGCAUGACAGGGGCGCAAACCAGUUUCACCUUCGAGCUGCCAAACCACAAGCUUUGCUUCCAGUCCAAAGUGUCCCCGGUGGACAUGUCCACCAUGCCGCCGUCGGCCAGCCUCACCCUGCCGCCGGUCACCAUGUCGGGAGAGUACAUCAUGGAGGACCACGACAGCCACUCGGACCAGGGCUGGGCGCCUGACGACUUCCCAGCAAAGCAAGGAAACUACCUCCAGGGCAACUACCUGCGCUGUGUGGCCGAGAUCGGUUCUUUUGAGCACAACCUGACCACGGAUCUGCUCAACCACCUGGUCUUCCUGCAGAAGGUUUUCAUGAAGGAGGUCAACGAGGUCAUCCAGAAGGUCUCAGGAGGAGAGCAGCCCAUCCCGCUGUGGAAUGAGCCUGACACUUCAGCCGACGCAGAGAAGCCCAAAAUCCUGCUUUAUUCUCUCAGCCUCAUGUUCAAGGGAAUCCAGAUGACCGCCACCACUCCUUCCAUGCAAGCUGUGCGCUUUGAGACGGGCCUCAUCGAGCUGGAGCUCUCCAACCGGAUCCAGUGCAAGGCUCAGCCCGGCGGCAGCAGCAGCUACCUCAAGCUGUUCGGCAAAUGUCAAGUAGAUCUCCACCUGGCUCUCGGACAGAUAGUAAAGCACCAGGUGUACGAGGAGGCCGGCUCGGACUUCCACCAGGUGGCGUACUUCCGAACGCGCAUCGGGCUGCGUAACGCCCUGCAGGAGGAGAUCAGCGGCUCCUCGGACAAGGAGGCCGUGCUCAUCACGCUCAACAGGCCGAUCGUCUUCGCCCAGCCGGUGACAUUUGACAGAGCUGUGCUCUUCUGGCUGAAUUACAAGGCUGCGUACGACAACUGGAACGAGCAGCGCUUGGCCCUCAACAAGGACAUCCACAUGGCCACCAAAGAGGUGGUGGACAAGCUGCCGGGCAUCCAACAGACCUCCGCCCAGGCCUUCAGCACCCUCUUCCUGCAGCUGACGGUGCACGACCUGGGCAUCUGCCUCCCCAUCACCAACACGUCCCAGAGAGGACAAGCACCAGCUACGGAGGGCAUCAACUCUGAAGCUGGGCCCAGCUCGUCAAUAGGCCGGCAAAAAAAUGCACGAAAAGCCAACCACAGCAUUGAUUUUGACACGGGCUCGGCGAUGGUCCUGACCAUCGAGAGCACGCUCAUCACCGCCUGCUCCUCCGAGUCCCUGGUGAGCAAAGGCCACUUCAAGAACUUCUGCCUCCGCUUCGCCGAGGGCUUCGAGACCUCGUGGGACGACUGGAAGCCUGAAAUCCGAGGGGACACGGUCAUGAACGCUUGUGUUGUCCCUGACGGUACGUAUGAGGUGUGUUCCAGGACUACGGGGCAGCCUUCUGCAGAGAGCAGCAGCGCCGGCACCUGGACCCUGAACGUGCUUUGGAAGAUGUGCGGCAUUGACGUUCACAUGGAUCCCAACAUCGGCAAGCGGCUCAACGCGCUGGGGAACACGCUGACGUCCCUGACGGGCGAGGAGGACGUGGACGACAUCGCCGACUUGAACUCGGUGAACAUGGCGGACCUUUCGGAUGAGGACGACGCCGGCUCCAUGUCACCCACCAUCCACAUGAGUCCAGGGAGCCAGUUCAGCCCUCGGCUGACGCUGAGGAAGCGUCUGGUAAACCACAUCCUGGGCCUCAGCCCCCGGCCUCAGAGUGUGUCUCACCCAGCCGACUACCUAAACUGUGCAUCGCCCCGCCUGCGAGCGGGCAGCGACAGGGCCCAGAGACCCCUCUCCUGGGCGUGUGAGUCCAUCGACCCCAGAAGGCAAACGCCGAUGGGAAGCCAAACGGUGGACGCCCGUGGGAGGAAGUUCAUCAGGGAGCUGAACGAGCAGGCCAAGGUCAUCGACGACCUCAAAAAGUUGGGGGCGAGCGAAGGCACCAUCAACCAGGAGAUCCAACGUUACCAGCAGAUGGAGUCCGUGGCCGUCAACGGCAUCCGGAGGGACGUCAGAAAGAAGCUGCGUCGCUCCAGCAUGCGGGCGGCGUCUCUGAAGGACAAGUGGGGUCUCGGCUACAAGCCGAGCUACAACCGCUCCAAAAGCAUCUCCGCGGCUGCGGGCCGACCGCCUCCAAAGAGGAUGGACCGACAGAGUUCCAGAAUAGGCGACGUGGACGAUCUGCCGGAUGUGCGAGUGGAUGCCGCGUCGCCGGGACCUCGGGUCACCUUCAACAUCCAGGACACGAUAAAUAAUCAGGCUUUGGACGCUGCUCAUGCACCUCUCAGCCCAGGAGAGAUAUUCAAGUUUCCCGAGGAGUCCGAGGUGGACCUGUUGUCAGUCAGGAUCGACGAGCCAUCCCAUCCUCUCCAUCACCUUCAUGCUCCAUCCGUUAGCGAGGGCCGGGGCUCAGUUUUCAGUGCCCCCUGCACCCCCGCUGUCUUCUCACCCGCGCUUCCCUUCCAGCACGACGACAUGCGGCGCGACGACCUGUCCUCCUCCUCCUCGGAAGACUCUGAAAAGGAGGACGAGUUCGAACGGGAGAGACAGUCGAGCUAUCGGAGGCCCGUCCCGUCUCACAGGAAGCCUUCUGGCUUUUCUGCUGUGAGUCAGCUGUUCAGCGAGCGCUGGCCGAGCGCCGCCGCCAACCGCAGCUUCGGCGCCCCGGCGACCGAAAGAAACAUCGACUUUGAGCUGGAUGUCCGCGUGGAGAUCGACAGCGGCAAGUGUGUCCUCCACCCGACCACUCAGCAACCAGAGCACGAGGACGUUUCCCUCAAGAAGAGCUGCGAGCGCAGCCUCAAGAGCCUGGACCAGGAGUCUCCUCCCAAGAAGAAGAAGCUGCAGUCCAACUACAGCUCCACCACCCAUCUGCUCGCCGGCAAGAAAAGUGCCUCCUCCCUGCAGACCAAAUCCAACGACACGGAGACCACCGUGUUCUACAUUCCAGGAGUGGACGUGAAGCUGCACUACAACUCCAAGAUGCUGAAGACCGAGUCGCCCAACGCCUCGCGCGGAUCCUCCCUCCCUCGCACUCUCUCCAAAGAGUCCAAGCUGUAUGGUAUGAAAGAUAGCGGCCCUCCCAAUGCGGUCGAGAGCAAGACUAACUCGCUCCUACCCCCCCCACCCCCACCUAUUCCAUCAGCCAAAGGUAAGGGCAGUGGCGGCGUGAAGACGGCCAAGCUGUACGCCUGGGUGGCCCUCCAGACCCUGCCGGAGGAAAUGGUCAUCAGCCCCUGCUUGCUGGACUUCCUGGAGAAGGCGCUGGAGACCAUUCCCAUCACUCCCGUGGAGAGGGGAUACUCAGCAGCGGCGGCGUCCCAGGAGGAGGACAUGGGUCAGUUCGACGCGGUGGAGCAGCUGGAGGAAUCCACCACCUCGCUGGUGUCCUCUUCCACCUCGGCCUACUCCUCCUUCCCUGUGGACGUGGUCGUCUACGUCAGAGUCCAGCCUUCUCAGAUCCGCUUCAGCUGCCUGCCCAUGUCCAGGGUGGAGUGCAUGCUCAAGCUGCCCUCCUUAGACCUGGUCUUCUCCUCUAACCGGGGAGAGCUGGAGACCCCGACAGGAGCCCACCCCGCCGAGGGAUCCCCCCACCCGUCCUCCACGCCGCCAGGGCAACAUAUUCCCAAAGCGCCUCCCAGCAAAACGUCCCCCUUGCUGGGGAGCCCUCUGGGCAGGAGCCGCCACAGCAGCAGCCAGUCCGACCUGACGGGGCCCCCCAGUAACUCCUCGGGCCUCAGCUUCACCGCCUGCAUGUCUGACUUCUCCCUCUACGUCUUCCACCCCUACGGCGCCGGCAAGCAGAAAUCUGCCGUCACGGGGCUGCCGCCGGGCCAAGGGCCGUUGGGUACAGUAGACGAGGAGCCUUCUUCAGUCACGGGAAGAAAAGACUCCCUGAGCAUCAACCUGGAGUUUGUGAAGGUCAGCUUGUCCAGGAUUCGCCGCACUGGAGGCCCCACCUUCAUCGAAAGCUUCAUUCCCACCAAAGGUGGCAAGAUGGACACGACCCUUAUCAACAUCUCAGCUGUGUGCGACAUCGGCUCGGCGUCCUUCAAGUACGACAUGAGGCGACUGAGUGAGAUCCUGGCCUUCCCGAGAGCCUGGUACCGCCGCAGCAUCGCCAGGCGCCUCUUCCUGGGGGACCAGACCAUCAACCUGCCGGCCUCGGGCCCCGCCACGCCGGACUCUGCCGAGAACGUCGCCCAGCACCUGUCCCCCGAGUCCAGCCGCAAAGCCUACUGGAGGACGUGGGACGGCAGCAGCACGGCUCAGCACGUUCCCCAAUCCCCCAACGUCUUCUCGGAGCACGGCGCCGGGAGCAACAUGUCCCCGGGCGGCGUGGGCCACCUCAAGUCCCCGGCGCCCGGACGCACCAGGAGCGUGUCCGACUCCUCCGCUCCGAGGAGAGACUCUGUGACGAAGACGUCCACCCCGUCCUUCAGUAAGAACGGUAAGGCGGCGGGUCCGCAGGGGGCGCCGUGGGAGACGCUGGUGGUGUUCGCCAUCAACUUGAAGCAGCUCACCGUCCAAAUGAACAUGAGCAACGUCAUGGGAAACAACACCUGGACCACCAGCGGGCUGAAGAGUCAGGGCCGACUGUCCGUCGGCAGCAACCGGGACCGGGAGAUCAGCAUGUCCGUGGGCCUCGGCCGCUCCAAGCUGGACUCCAAGGGCGGGGUGGUGGGCGGCAACAUCGACGUGAACACCCUGGAGAUGGUCUCCCACAUCUCCGAGCACCCCAACCAGCAACCCAGCCACAAGAUCCAGAUCACCAUGGGGUCGACGGAGGCGCGAGUGGACUACAUGGGCUCCAGCAUCCUGAUGGGAGUUUUCAGCAAUGCCGACCUGCAGCUCCAAGACGAGUGGAAGGUCAACCUGUGCACCGUUGACACCAGCCUGUCGGAGAAAAGUGAGAUCUUCGUCCACGGAGACCUGCAGUGGGACAUUUUCCAGGUGAUCAUUUCACGCUCCACCACACCGGACCUCAUCAAGAUCGGCAUGAAGCUGCAGGAGUUCUUCACUCAGCAGUUCGACACCAGCAAGCGGGCCCUCUCCACCUGGGGCCCCGGCCCCUACCUGCCCCCCAAGACCCCCGUCAUCAACGCAGAGAAAGGCUCCGCAGAGCUGUACAUGGACGCGGCCCAUCACCGCCACUGGCCCGAUGUGCUGAAGGUAAUCGCCGGCUGCCACAUCUCCCUCUUCCAGAUGCCGCUGCCCGAGGACGCCGUGCAGCUGGGCGGCUCCAUGAGCCUCCACGGCAACCACAUGACGCUGGCGUGCUUCCACGGGCCCAACUUCCGCUCCAAGUCGUGGGCUCUGUUCCACCUGGAGGAGCCCAACAUCGCCUUCUGGACGGAGGCGCAGAAGAUCUGGGAGGACGGCUCCAAAGACGAUUCCACCUACAUCGUUCAGACCCUGGACUUCCAUCUGGGCCAUAACACCAUGGUGACCAAACCCUGCGGCGCGCUCGAGAGUCCCAUGGCCACCAUAACCAAAAUAACCCGGCGUCGCCACGAAAACCCCCCGCACGGCGUCGCCACGGUCAAAGAGUGGUUCAACUACGUCACCGCCAUGAGGAGUGAAGAGCUCAACCUGCUGAGGAACGUGGAGGCCAACAACCAAGAGAGCGGGGCGGCUGCCAAAAGCGCCAGCCUGCUCAGCAGCUUCCGCAGCUCCUCCAGCUACAACCACGAGACGGAGACCAUCUUCGCUCUACCCAGGAUGCAGCUGGACUUCAAGUCCAUCCACGUGCAGGAGCCCGACGAACCCUCUCUAACAGAUUCCGACAGCAAACCCAAGGUGGAGUGCAGCGUGGUGACGGAGUUCACCGACCACAUCUGCGUCACCAUGGACGCCGAGCUCAUCAUGUUCCUUCACGACCUGGUGUCUGCCUACCUGAAGGAGAAGGAGAAAGCCCUCUUUGCUCCGCGGAUAUUCGCGGCGCGGCCCGGCCAGAAGAGCCCGACAGCGCUGCACGACGAGAGCUCCGAGGACAAAGACGAGGGCAUCAACUACACCACGGUGGACUGGAGGGAGUUCAUGUGCAACACCUGGCACCUGGAGCCCACCCUCAGGCUCAUCUCCUGGACGGGGCGCAAGAUCGACCCGGUGGGCGUGGACUACAUCCUGCAAAAACUGGGCUUCCACCACGCCCGCACCACCAUUCCCAAGUGGCUGCAGAGGGGCGUGAUGGACCCGCUGGACAAGGUGCUGUCGGUGCUCAUCAAGAAGCUCGGCACCGCCCUGCAGGACGAGAAGGACAAGAAGGGCCGGGACAAAGAGGACCACUGAGGACCAGCGAGGAGAACCUCGUGCCGCAUCGAUCAAACCCGUGCACGCCACCCCCCCCCACCCCUCCCCCACAGGUCACCACCACUGGAUUACUGGACCACGACGGGCCACUACCGUGCUUUGUGGUCAAACGUCUCCGUCUCCAGCUGUGAAUCUCCGCCCAGGUGUUCACGGCGCUGCACGCCACCACCGGCUGUGAUUGAAGCGUUUUUUUGCACCAAUGUCAUUUUCUGUAUAUUUUGAACGAAUUCGCAAUUGUUAGAAUGAUUUGACUGCUUUUAAUGGUUAUAAAAACACAGAUCACCUGCCUCGUUUACCUGCUGUACAUGACCUUACUGAAAUCGCUUGAAAUUUUACUUUAAGGCUUAUCAAUAUUUCAUGAGAAAUGAUUUCUUAUACCAUUGCCUUUUCUUUGUUUCCCAUGGAACACAUGGUAGAUAUGCUUUAUGUAUUCUAUAGUGUAGAUUUAAGAUAUUUAAGAACAGUUCAGUGACAGUGUUCUUGAUUUUAUCUUUAUUUUGUGAACAAAUAAAUCCUGGGAGAUUACUGCACAUCAUCCACUCCGUCACGAGGAUGACAUGAACUUGUAAUUAUAAUUUGAAACCAAGAUCACUAUUUAUGCUCAUGUGAAAUGCAAAGUCUAUAACAUGUAUUAGCUUGGUGUGUCAAGUAUAUUUUUGUCAUUUUUUUUAAUAAGAAAUCCAAACUAGAAUCACUGUAUAUAAUUGCAUUUCUUAAAUAUGUUGAUUUCCUAACUUAAUAAAAAUAUUGCCAUUCAAUUUUA